CUUUCUGUGUGGAACAAAACAAAACAUAAAACGUUUCACUCUGUAUAAAACAUAACCAAACAUAACACUAAUUAUGUCUGCAAAACGAAGUGUCUACAAAAAGAAUAGUCCAAAUAAUAAACUCGUUGUCUACUUAGUUCAACGAGAUAUAUUCGAUGAUCUGCAGAGUGUAGAUCCUAUCGAAGGUGUUGUUACCAUGGAUAAGAAUAGUUUGAAAAACGCCAAAGUAUUUGCACGUAUACGAUGUACAUUUCGUUAUGGGGAACAACAAUUAGAUGAAGUUCUAUCUGGUGUUACAUUUUAUAAAGAAUUUUUUAUACAAACUUUACAAAUCUAUCCAAUGGAAAAUAAUUUAUCUGAUGUAUUCGGUGAAGUUCAAAAACGACUGAUUGAACGUUUCGGAAGUGAAGCCUUGCCAUUUCACUUCACAUUACCUCAUGAUAUUCCAGCUUCGAUAACCCUGCAAUCGGAGAAUACAAACGCGGUUGAAGAUAGUCCAUGUGGAAUUGAAUAUGUUCUACAGAUUUUUGCCGGAGAAACAGCACAAUCCACGUCUAGCAAACGAAAUACAAUCAGUUUGGCGAUACGUCGGUUAACAUUGGCUAUACCAAAAUUAGACGCGGAUGUUUACACGAAACAAGUGGUUAAACCAUUCCACUUUCAUUCUGGUCAAUUACAAAUUACAGCUACUUUACCGAAGGAAAUAUUUUUUCAUGGAGAAUCAAUAGAAAUUCACUUGACUAUAGAUAAUGCUUCAAGUAAUGUUGUACGCCGAUUAAAGUUACAAGUGAUACAGACUGUUGAAAUCACCUUGUUCAAACAACGUACAACACGUUGCACUGUCAUUGAUAUGGAAGUAGAGAAAGGAUUUCCAAUUGAAUCACAAACUGCUGGUUGGACUCAGUCGUAUCAUUUAAGACCAUCGCUACAAGAUACUCGACAACAAGCUGGUCUAGCACUGGACGGUAAACUGAAACAUCAUGAUACAAAUCUUGCUAGUUCAACACUGAUUAAAGAUUACAGGAAAAAAGAGAGUAUGGGAAUUGUUGUUCAGUAUAUGAUAAGAAUCAAAGUGGUGACUGGUUUCGGUGGACGUGAUGUUCAAUUAGAAAUACCCUUUAUCUUGUGUCAUCCACGUAAAGAACAAGAAGUAGUGAAAGCUGAAGCCGCAACCAACGAUUUAGUCAUUGAAAAGUUCAAACGACCAAAAGCAAAACGUUUAGCAUCUGAAGAUGUCGAUAGUAAUUGAUCCAUGAUCUUCAGUCCGUUUAUAUAUACAUACAUACAUACACUCAAUUCAUUUUAGUAAGCGAUAAAAAAAUUGACAUCUGUCGACAUUAUAUCAUUGUAAAGGCAUAACACAAUUUGAAGCAUUAAUUUUCAACUACUUAUCAGUAGACGAAAUAAUUUAUCAUAAAAUAAUUAAUAAUUUAUCUGUCGUUUUAAUCCAG